AUGGAGGAGUUGAGGGAAAAGUAUCCAAACUAUGAAGAAAUGGAUAUAGAAACUUUAGAUAGCGAAUUACCGUACCUUGACAAGGAUCUUAGGGAAAGUGAAACCACUGAGGAGACCCAGGAUAUUAACGAGGAAAUUAAUUACGUACAGGAACUAAGGAGAAGAAAAAUGUUAAGUGAAGACCUUACACCAGAGCAAUUAGAUGAGAAAUUCCCUGACCUAUCUAAUCUGUCAUACGAUGAUCUAAUGGAUAGGGGAGACAGACUGUUAAAUGAACUAAUACUAUCCGAUUUGGAUGAAAACAGUUUCAAAGAAAAGUCGGAAGAACUGAGAUACGUCAGAAUGCUAUCAAAUGAUUACCAAAGAGAGUCAAAUCUAAAUAAACUUCUCAACUUAAGAGACAAGGUGAAAAAGAGGGAUCUAAUUAAACGUGAUGAUCGUAGGAGACUGCAGAGACUCAGGCUAUGGGCAAGGGAGAAUGCAGGCAUCUUAUCAGCUGUUCUAAUUUCCUCAUCAGCUAUAAUCAUAGGACUGGUAGCAUCAACUAGAAACAUAAUGUGGAAAGUAGGUGACACAACAGGAAAGCUCGAUAAGCGGAUCAGUGAGUUGGUAAACAACCAAGUAGAACUACCACCUGUAUUUCAGAAGAUAGCCGAUGGAGUAGAGUUAGCAGCGGAUAAUAUAUGGAUAAUCAUUGUAUGUGCAGCAGCAGUUUUACUUUACAAGUACAGCUAA